AUGUUUGGAUAUCUUCCAAAUCCCAAAAAGUCAUGGUUGCUAGUGAAAUCAGGAAAUAUUGACAAAGCUACACAUCUCUUUGAAAAUACCAAUAUCAACAUUACUACAGAAGGACAAAAGUACCUUGGAGCUGCUAUUGGAAACAAAGAUUUCUGCAAUAACUUCCUGCAAGAAAAGGUGACCAAUUGGAAGUUACAAGUAGAGCGACUCAGUUGCAUUGCCCAAACUCAACCACAAGCUGCUCACUCGAUAUUCACACGGGGUCUGAUUGGACGCUGGAAAUUUGCACUCAGAACCAAUGAAAACUUUGCAGCGUACCUUAAUCCUCUGGAGGAGGCGUUACGAUCCAAACUGAUUCCCGCCAUAACCAAUAGAAGUACUCCAGGAGACAAGAUGAGAAGGCUUUUUGCAUUACCACCUCGACUAGGCGGCCUUGGAAUUGUAGAUCCACGUUCGUUGACUUGUGAGCUGGAAUACUCAAAGUUAAUUUGUGCGCCACUGGUCAACCGAAUUGUGCAACAAGAAACAAACCUGGAUAACGUUCCUACCAAGCAGAAUUCUAUGAAAGCUAGCAUUCGCCAGCAAAAACAUCUAGCACAAAAGUCUCAUUCUGAAAUCACUGUCAAUGAUCUAUCUGUGGAAUUGAAACGUUCAGUUGAAUUGGCCUGUGAGAAGGGUGCCUCCUGCUGGCUGACCGCAAUCCCACUAGAGCAACACGGAUUCACUUUGCACAAAUCUGCGUUUCGGGAUGCCCUGUGCCUCAGAUACGGUUGGCACCCGUCCAACCUCCCAGACAUAUGUCCAUGUGGAUCUAAAUUCUCAGUAGAUCACUCUCUGUCAUGUCCAACAGGAGGAUACCCCAGCAUCAGCCAUAACGAGGUCCGCGAUUUAUUUACCAACUUGUUGACAGAGGUUUGCCACGAUGUACACAAAGAGCCCGUUCUGCAACCUCUCAACGGCGAGGUGUUUCAAAAACGCUGUACUACCUCUGACGAAAAUGCCAGACUUGAUAUUGCUGUCAGUGGAUUUUGGGGUGGGCACUUCCAACGAACUUUCUUUGACGUCAGGGUCUUCAACCCUAAUGCCUCAUCCUACAAAUCAGUGCAGAUCCCGUCAUUAUAUAAACGGCAGGAACAAGAGAAGAAAAGGCGAUACGAGGAACGAAUUAAUAACGUGGAGCUUUCAUCGUUCACGCCAAUCAUUUUAGCAUGCACUGGAGGAUGCAGUAAACUGACGUCUAUUUUUUUGAAAAGACUAGCCUCACUUUUAUCGGAAAAGCACCACACCGAGUACAGCACAACUAUCAACUGGCUGAGAUGUCGACUGUCAUUUGCACUCCUUCGGGCCUGCGUGAUGUGUUUGCGAGGAUGCAGGUCCAAGCUUCACAGAACCUCAAGGGACUUCAACAUUCUGCUGGAAGCAGCAGAAAGUAGAUUAUAG